ACAAAGAAAAUUCAUCCGAUUAGAGGAUGACGCGAUAAUGAAAAAAGAUACGGACAUUCCACGAAGUAUUUCAUUUUCGGAAGAACGACACUUUCGCGUUCGAUCGAUUCUUCGUCGUCGUUCAACUGCUUUUCUUUUCUUCGUCAUCUUCUGAAAUUCUUCCUCAUCGUUUUAUUGCCGUUGCACGAUCCGCAUUUGUGCACACCGGAGGCACAGGGUAUACGGUUUUUAAGGCGUCGGACCGGGUCUCCGGGUUGGUAAUGGUGGGAUGGUGGGCUGUUGGCCGGGUACCAGGGGGAGGAACCCUAGCAGCGGCUUAGUCUCAUAGUGGGGAUUGCGUCCGAGGAGAAAUCCUCGUGGCGGAGAAGGAAGUCCAGGACCGAAGCGGUGGAAAACAUUGGCGACGAACGCGAGCGCUUACGGCGACAUUGCAAAGCCAUCAGUUGCGAGCGACCGGGCGCUCGCUCGCAUGUGAACCGGGUCUGCCGUGGUCCGCACGGAUGUGAACGUGGCCUCGUGUGCACAUCGCUCCCAUACGCGAGGGGAGGAGGAUCGCUCGCGAGAAUAGCCAGCCGCUAGCGCGAGUACGCUUAUACGCUAUUCCGCGCUAGCGAAAUAGCUUCGUCUUGUAGACUGUCCCGCACUCUUUCGGGCUACGAAGCAUCUCUACUGGCAUGGAGCUAGGAGCGCACUGAUAGUGAUAGUCUAUGAGAUCUUGGUUUCUAUGCAUUGCCUGCCAAAGAAGAACUGAGCCCAAUGUUUCCACACAAUUCUAGUUCACAUGAGAUUUCUACCGAAACAAAUGCCUUCGUACAAAAUUCCAAGGGGGAUGUAGUAGUAUUAGAGGGUAGCAGUCUGAGUGGGGUGGGGGAGGGGGAAGGACCAGAGCGCGCUAGGUACUGUGAUAUCGAAUUCAUAAACAGCAGCAUGAUGGCAGCACCUACCAGCCACCCCGAAGCUACCGCCGCCAAUGACUUCUUAACCGUCCUACCACGCCAAUCUGGUGAGCUCAGCUCAGCCGGUGUAGGCGAGGCCCGCCAGUCAGUGGCGCCAGCAACCACAAAAAAUCCAAGAAAUCACCUUCUAACCUACGAUAAUAAUAAUAAAGUAAAUCACCACAACAAUGCAGAACAUAAUCAUCACAAGUACAGAAAGCAAAACACACAGGGCUCGCCUGGUCAGCUGGGCAGCUCCGCCGAUAACUCUAAGUCUACUUGUAAGCCGUUAAGUGAUAAUAAGGAUAGCUUUAGCGAUCUAAGCGUUAGGGUACUAAAAGUAAGUUUAAAUCUAAAAGUAACGAGGGGCGAUGCGUGCCGCCCCGCUGGGGUACCUAGCCUAGUUAGGAUACCCAAGUCUGAUCGCCCCCAGCGGCUGCCGCGUCUCGCCGCCUCCGUCGACAAUUACUCCUUACUAGGGUCCCGCCUUGACCAGGGCGACAACAAUAACCUUAAGGCUAAUCUUAGUUUCGUAAGUAAUAAUAACUCAAAGUCUGUGAUAUUGCUCAGCUCAACCAGUUACGGUGACUACUAUCUCCUCCCCGAUGGCGACCACGUCCGAGCAGACGCCGUCGCCGCGGCUCUUCUAGUUGAAAACGAUACUUCUAACAGAUCGAAAAGCAUGAAAUUACUAGGUGAUAAGUGCUCCCCCGUUACCAGUUUCGCUCCGACCUCCCGGCGGCUCGACAAAAGCGUAAUCUUGGACGAAGACAACGACAAACGCCGCGGCGAUUUUCUCCCAAGCCUCCUGCGGAUGGCAGGAUACCCCGUGAAAUUGCAUUUCGAUAGAGCCGCAGAGGCUCAGAAAUUCGCGGUCGACACCGCCAGUUCUUCCAUUACGCUUAUCGUUUCCGAAGACGGAAUCACCGAGCACACCCUGCGAUCUACUGUUUAUCUGGAAAAUCUCACGCGAGUCCAAGUACCAUCUCCUACUUCUCCACUAGGGCACGCUCCCGUGACCGAGCUGACGCAACGCAUAUGUGUUCCAUUAACGAUACAAUGUAAGGAUUACGUUAACGACAUUGCUAAUAACUAUUAUUAUUAUUGUAUUAAUGAUAAUAAUAAUAAUAAUAAUACGACGAUGAUGACGACGAUUAUGACGAUCAAUGAGAAUAACGAUGACCACGAUGACUUCUACGACGACUACUAUCAAUACGGAAUGAGGAACCUCAAGACCAACGCGAAGAAGAGCGAGAAGAGUAGCGUUAGGAGUCACGGAGGAAAUAUGAAUAUUAGCAACAAUAAUCCAGAUGUUAUCGAAGACAUUGUUAACGUCGCUUUGUGCUACAAGACUAGUUGUAUAAUGACUACUAAUGUUAGGAUGUUAGGGUCUCAAAAUGAUGGUAUUAGCCGUACCGAAGCAACAAUAUUUACUGUUGGUGCUCUUUCAUUUCAGGAUAACGAUAAGUCUAACAAGCCUCUAAACGCUAGCUUUAAGGACGAUAAGUAUCAAGUGUCUACUAAGGUUGAUCUUAAAUCUAACUCUAAGGUUAAGUCUGUAUCUAAGUCUACGCUAAGCGUUAAGUCUAGCGAUAAGUCUGAAACGUCUCACACCGCUCGACUUGACGAAUCUGACGACGAAGAGCAAGUUCGGUCGGCCGUCAACAUUCCUACAUUGACUACCUGCGAGCCUACGAUGACGCUUACACGCCAAUCAGCCACCGUCACAUCCCAAACUAACGCUGUACCUGCCUCUCGAGUCGAGAAUCACUCAAACGACGACGAUGACGACCAUCAAGAAUACCGCCAACACAACAAGAACAAUUAUCAUAAACACUAUGAACAUCAGUAUCAGCAUGAUGACGACACUCCUAGAGAAGAAUCCUCUGGGAGCUAUCUCCAAAGUGAUCGUAUACCUAUUAACGAGUACGUUACGCCGAGUCUUAGAGACACUCAGAUCAAUGAGCCAAUUCCUGAUUUCAUUAAAUCACGAAAAAUGACGAGCCACCAAAUCUCAAUUGGCAAUUCAACGCGACUCGCCAUUUUGGCUUCCACGUGCAACGAAUCAACGAGCACUGCGUUCGCCGCGGCUUCGCGAAAAGCAGAACUGAUAAGUCUAGUACGUGCCAUCAUUCCGGCUCUCAACAGAAAACUCGAGGAAUUCGAUGAGAGCCAAUGCGAGGAUGAGCGCCGUCAACUCAAGGACGCCCUGAGUAUCCUCUUUGAACGCACCACGUCCAAGCGCUGCCAGGACCUUCAGGAGCCGAUCAUGGAUUACAAACGACGAUGGGGCAUCCCGGCGAUCCUUGGUUUGGCAGGCGGCGGAGAAAGUUCCUUGAAUAGUGGUGGUGCUGCCAACUGGGGAACUACUCAAGCUACUACACCCAACAAUAAUAAUGCUGCCCAGUCAGGAUGGGGUGGUACACCUGGAAAUCCUCCGGGAAGUGCUGGACCUCCUAGCAAUUGGGGUGGUAACAAUGUAAAUCGAUCUGUUACUGGAAAUCCUAAUCAAAAUCAGAAUCAGGGUCCGCCCGGAACGCAGAAUAAUCCAGGCAACGUGAACAAAGCUAAUAACCCUAAUCAACCGCCGAACUCUCAGUCCGGCCCACCAACUACUCAGUCGAAUACCGCAGCCCAGGGUAAUCAGAACAACGCCCAAUGGCCUCAAGGCAAGUCCAACAGUGGUGGUCCUGGGCAAAAUCCUUCCGCGCAGAACAACAACAGCAGUGCCGGACAACCGCAGCAACAGCCUCCGGGUCCCAACGCCAACAAUAAUCCAGCAAGUAACCCGCCCCAAGGAGCUGUUACUCCUGGCACCGCACCUGCCGCCAACAACCCAUCGACCAAGCAGCAGCUAGAACAGCUGAAUACCAUGAGGGAGGCCUUGUUCAGUCAAGAUGGUUGGGGCUGUCAACACGUAAACCAGGAUACCAACUGGGACGUACCAACCUCACCAGAGCCAAGCAUGACCAAAGAUGGCGUACCAAUGUGGAAGCCUCCAGUGAACAACGGCACUGAUCUAUGGGAAGCGAACUUGCGCAACGGCGGACAACCGCCACCUCAGCAACAGGCGAAGACACCCUGGGGUCACACUCCUUCUACAAACAUCGGUGGAACCUGGGGCGAGGAUGACGAUGCAGCGGACUCAUCUAUGUGGACUGGAGCACCGACACCGAGCCAACCUAACACUGCCCAGUGGCCUGGCGGUGCCGGUGGUAACCAAGCUGGAUCAAGCUGGGGCGAUCCCAGGAUAGAUCCCAGAGAUCCAAGGGAUCUGAGACCCGUAGAUCCACGUGAGAUGCGCGAUCCACGUGAUCAUCGUAUGUCAUUGGAUCCGCGAGAUCACAUGCGCGUAAUGGAUCCAAUGGGUCGCGACCAUCGAAUGGCCGACAUGCGUGGGGACUCACGUGGAAUUUCUGGACGUCUCAAUGGCGCAAGCGCCGACGCAAUGUGGGGUCAGCCUCCGGGUCCACCUCAUCAUCAAAUGGGCCAUCAGCAUCCUUCAGGACCACCCGUGAAGAUGCUGAAUCCCUCAAGUAUGAAUCAAUGGGCUGCUCCGCCACCGAAAGACAUGAUGCCAGGAAAGCCAUCUGGAUGGGAGGAACCAUCGCCACCCACUCAAAGAAGAAACGUACCGAAUUACGAUGACGGUACCAGCCUCUGGGGUAACCCUGGUGCGAAUCAACGAGCCAUGCCAGGUAGUAAAGUCUCUCACUGGAAGGACCUACCCACUCCGAAUCUGGGACGCGGAGGUUCACAACCAGGUAUGCAGUGCCCACCGGGUAUGCCACAAAAUCGAAUGCCAGGACAGCCAGGCAUGAAGCCAGACGUCGGUGGACCAAUGUGGGGACAUCCUGGUGGUCCAGCCGGUCGCAAUGGCUCCUGGGUUGACGGUCCACACGAUGCAGCUGGUUGGGAUGAUCCUAAGACACCAGCCGGCUGGAACGAACCUCAAUUGAAUCCAGCGACCUGGGGUGGACCCACGGCACAUAAACCAAAACCAAUGGGACCCAGCGGCAGUUGGGCAGAUUCUGAAAUGGAUCCUACACCCAGUUGGGGCCAUCAAACUAAACCAGCUCUAACUAAGGAAGUCAUAUGGAACAGUCGCGAGUUCAGAUAUCUCUGCGAUUUGGGUUACAAGAAGGAGGACGUGGAGGUCGCGCUGCGAAGCCGCGAGAUGAACAGAGACGAAGCACAGGAACUUUUGAAUCAACUUCGUCCGGUUGACCAGUGGCGCCGCCACGAUGCUCACGCCGGAUAUGAUCCUACUAAUCAAGUAACACCGGCACCAGCCUAUCCCAGAUUCAAUCACGUUGCGCAACAGAUGUCUUUCCCGCCGGGGGCCGGUGUGCCCAGCGGGGCUGCCACUGGCGGUGUAAGUGGCUCCGUGGCCAGCGCCAGCCUUCUCAAGCUCCAGCAACAGCAACAACAACAGGCAGGUGUUCAGCUACAGCAACAACAGCCCAGCGCCAACGCGCCGCAGCCUCCUUUCAACCAGGCAUCGCGAACGCCGCAAAAUCAGCCGAGCACGCAGCAGCUGCGCAUGUUGGUACAGCAGAUCCAGCUGGCAGUGCAAGAAGGAUACCUGAAUCAUCAGAUCCUGAAUCAGCCACUGGCACCCCAGACGUUGAUCCUCCUGAAUCAGUUGCUGCAGCAGAUCAAAGUGCUGCAACAGUUGCACCAGCAACACUCUGUGCAGACGUCCUUGAAGGGGAACAGUCAGACGCUCCUGCAGAUAAGCGUGCAGAUCACAAAGACUAAGCAGCAAAUAACAAACCUUCAGAAUCAAAUUGCCGUGCAACAAGCGACUUACAUGAAGCAACAGCAACAGCAGCAGCAUCCCGCAGCGCCAUCUCAGGCAUCCGAAUACUACAAGACUUCGGUCCACGAUCCCAUGUCUGCCCUACAGAAUAGCUUCAGCGACCUAACUAUGAACAAGGAGCCUUCGGUGAGUCAACAACAGUCCAGGUUGAACCAAUGGAAGUUGCCAUCACUCGACAAGGACGGCGAUAUCGCCACAAAUGAAUUCUCACGUGCUCCUGGCACGACGAGCAAACCUCCUACCACACCCGGUGGAUUAGCUCAGUCACACAGCAGCCCUAAUAUGAACCCGUUGCUUGGACAGGGUGAUGGCACCUGGUCAUCCAGAUUGGGAGACAGCGGAUGGCCCGACGCUGGCAACAGUGACUCCACUGAUGGAAAGGACUGGCAACCGGGUGGUGCGGCAUUCACCGACCUAGUGCCCGAAUUUGAACCUGGCAAGCCAUGGAAGGGUCCCCAGAUGAAAAGCAUUGAGGAUGAUCCUAGUAUUACACCCGGCUCAGUAGUGCGUUCACCACUGUCGCUGGCAGCAAUUAAAGAUCCUGACGCGAUCUUCUCCUCGAGCACCAAGACUUCACCGCCACCACAAAGUGCCAACGUUGACACUUCUAUUCCCAGCCUCAGCAACUCAACCUGGAGCUUCAAUCCGCCCGCCACUACUCCCAGUGCUUUCACCAGCUCGAAGAACACUUGGGGAGACUCGGCGCCUCCACCUACGUCAGUGACGUCUGAACUCUGGGGCGCGCCCAUGAGCAAAGCCCGAGGACCACCUCCUGGCUUAGGCAGCAAGGGUGCCGCAAACGCCAGCAACGGCUGGGGAGCUGGCCUUGGCAGUGUCAGCAGAUCCUCUAGCUCCUGGGGCCUCCAGUCGAGCGCUGGCGGCAACACUGGUUGGGUGUCGACCUGGUUACUUCUAAAAAAUUUGACACCCCAAAUCGAUGGAUCGACCCUGAAGACUCUGUGCAUGCAGCACGGACCUGUCCAAGAUUUUCGUCUGUACCUGAACCACGGAAUUGCCCUUACUAAAUACUCGUCCAGGGACGAAGCUAUUAAGGCUCAAGGCGCAUUGAACAAUUGCGUCCUCGGUAACACGACGAUAUUCGCAGAGUCACCCGCGGACAGCGAGGUGCACACGCUUCUACAGCAGCUCAGUCACGGCGGUCAGCAACAGACUGGUGGCUCCGGUGGUAGCGGUUGGGGCCUAAGACCCACCAGCAAAGCGGGACCACCUCCAGACACAUGGGGUGGCAGUUCCAGUCAGCUCUGGGGCGCACCGCCUUCGACCAACUCCUUAUGGAGCAACACCGGCAUCGACAGCAGCGAUCAGCAACGAGCAACUCCAAGCUCUCUCAACUCGUACUUGCCCGGAGACCUUCUGGGAGGUGAGUCGAUGUAGAGAGCGAGCCCCUUCGGCCAAAAUACUCAGAGCACGUAACGAAAGGUCAGACAACGCAGACGAAGGCGCAGCUUUUGUUGGGUCACGCAGCGAACACGCGAGUUCCCCCAACCCGGCAGGCAGGCAGCAGCCUCACUUUGGUUCUCCGUUAUAACUUACUGUUAUUCUUUUUUGUUUUUGUUUAUUCUCUUUUUUAUGGAAACACAAGAAGAAGAAAAUGAAAAGAGCGAUAGAAAAAAAUCUUCGUUUCUCGCGAUGCGUACGUCGCAAGGCCUUCUUUUUUUUUUUUUAAAGCGUCAAUAUACAGUUUCGACUUCUUUAUAUGCAAUAGUAAAUUUUCUUGUCAUUUUUUGCACUUCGCUACAGUCGAAGAGUCUGACUAUUAUACAUAACGACAGUGUCACUGCUAGAACUUUUUUUAUAUGUAUUUGACAGAAUUGUUCUAUACGUCGUGUAAUGACCCCUACACUUUUUUUUUUUACAAAGAAAUGAUGAAGAUAAAAACAAGUGAAAAGAAACAAAGAUACUAUACUCAAUCUUAUCCCGGCGUCCUGGCAAUUAAAAUAUAACCGAGGAGCUAAGAGGCUUGCGAUGUAUGUCGUGCGAAACGGUCAAAAAGAGUCUUCUCGAAAACGUCAAUUACAUACACGCUAGGGACACAAUUUUUAGGAAUGUGCGUUACAUAGUAUGACGAAGAGGAUAUAACAAAAAAAGAAAAAAAAACAAACGAAGCGUAUGACGAUAAUGAAAAUGCUACUCUCUUAAGAUGAAGUAAUAGAAAAAAA